GCUGGCGCCAAGCCGUUACAGAAGGUCCGUGCCGUUUCAACACAUUGUUCGAGCCGUUUCAGCUGGCUCAAGCCGUUUCAAACCUUUAUAUUUAGUGAGUGGCCGUUAAAAAUUUUUCCCUACAUUUUUGUAUUAGUUUUUUCAACAUAUUUGUUUAAAGUUAUAAAAACAUUUGGCAUUUUGUAAAAGAAAGUUUCCAACUUAAAAUUAUGAAGAUUCGUUUGGUUGUAUACACUGGCGGAAAGUGGGAAAUCGUUAACGGAAAGUUGGAGUAUGUUGCUGAUGCUGAUUCAAGUAGACGUGGUUUAGAAAUUGAACCCAACCUUUCAUACACCGCUCUUUUAAGUAAACUGUCAAACAUUUGUAGUUCUACAAACAUUACGAAGUUAUCUUAUCGGUUGUCUUCCUUUAGUGAUCCCAUAGAUAUAAUAAACGAUGAAGAUCUUGCAAUUUUUUAUAAUUUUGCUAUGGAAAAUAUUUUUGAAAUUUAUAAAUUAUAUGUGAUUGAAGGGUUUGGUGUUGGAUCAUCUGGUUUUUCAAGUCAAAAAAAAUUUUUAGUUCCUGAUUUAAAUUUCUGUACUGAUGAAGAAAAUUAUGAUGUUGUAAACGACUCCCAACCAAAUCCUGAUAAUUCUUUCGAAAAUUGUUCGCGAUCUUCAUCAAUUACUUUUGAACCAGGUCACGUAUUUAAUAACAAAGAAGACAUGAAACUUGAAUUGGGAAAAAAAUGUUUGUUAGAACACUUUGAGUUUAAAGUAGAUAGAUCCUCUAAAACUCGGUACCAGGUGUCAUGUUUGGUCGACGGUUGCGGUUGGCGUUUCCGUGCAAGGAGUUUUGGAGAUAGUGGGGUGUUUUUUGUUAAGAGUUUUAACGAUAAACACACGUGCUCGAAGACGCUAACGUACCCACAUGUUCGUCAGGCAAACCCACAUGUUGUUGCUCAUUAUUUAAAAGAACCUUUAAAAGACAGUGGAAGAAUAUAUCGUUGUAAUGAAAUAGUGAAAGAUUUUAGACAGAGAUUCCAAGUUGAGAUAACCACUAGUCAAGCUUGGCGUGGAAAAAGUCUGGCACUAGAGCUUUUACAAGGAUCAAGCAGAGAGUCGUUCGCAGAACUACCACUUUACUGUUACAAUCUUGAGCGGGCAAAUCCUGGUUCUGUUACACAUAUCAAGACUGAUCACGAGCGUCGGUUUGAGAUGGUCUUUGUCGCGAUUGGUGCUGCGAUUCGUACCUUUAUAUGCAAUUUAAGACCGGUGGUGAUCAUUGAUGCUGCACACCUAAAGGGUGAAUUUAAGGGGACGUUAUUUUUAGCUGUUGGAAUGGAUGGAAAUAACCAAAUUUUACCAAUUUCCUACGGAAUAGGAAAAUCAGAGGAUGGUGAAUGUUGGACAUGGUUUCUGUCAAAGCUUAAAGAAUGUAUCGGUGAAAUACCUGAAAUGGCCAUAAUUUCGGAUAGAGCGAAUUCUAUACAUCUGGCUUGGGCACAGAAGAAAAUUUUUAAAAAAAUUGAAGGGUCUAGAACAUGGACGGUUGCUGGGAUUGAGUUAAACAGUUAUUCUGUUGCAGACAGUGGAAAGGGGGGUUUAGUGGACUUUGUUAAUGGAACAUGUAGUUGCCGAGUUUGGCAGGUUUCUGGUUUACCAUGCGGGCAUGUUAUCGCCGUUUCAAAAUUUUUAGGUGAAACCGACUGCAGUAAGUAUUGCUUCCCGUGUUACUCCAACGAAGUCUAUAAGAAAACUUAUGAAGAAGCGAUUUAUCCUCUCCCGCAUAGAUCUGAAUGGGAGACUCCAGAAGACCUUAUCAAUCUUCAACCGCCACAUAUGACAAAGCGCCAGGCUGGUCGUCCUCGAGAAAACAACCGAAUCUUAUCCCGCGGGGAAGAACCUACUCCCCUCUAUUGUUCCCAAUGUAACUCAUAUGGUCAUCAUCGGGAUGUAUGUCGGCAGCCCAUGCCGUCAGAAGUUCGUACUCGCAAACACCCAGACAAAGGGAAAGGGAAAGAAACCGAUAAUCCUGAUGAUUUUACACAAUCUCCUGCUGAUUAUAUGUAUCCGUCUUUCAACUUGGGAGACUUUUAA